UGGACUUGGAGAACGUGCUGAAUUUUUCAUACACGUUCGCAUGUUUAUAUUUUUGCAGCUGUGAGCAUCAGUUAGCCAUUUCGUUAGUUGUUUGAAAGCGUGCUCGGCGCUCUGGAUCGUGACUGAAUUUUUCUUAUAUGCUAGUUCAGCUUCAUCUCAACUAAAUACGAAUGAUAAGAUCAAUGGUCAGCCCUGGUGUAGCAUUCUCUGGAGUUCUCUACCGCACACAGUCAUAAGUCUCGGACAUGACGACCACAAGCCGUUUCGAUGCCGUUUACCGGACGGCGUUACUAUCGAAGUACUUCAUCAAAGGUUGGGGAAAGCCUGACAACCUCAAAAGGUUAUUUGACUUCAAGAAGAAAAUGACGGCUCGUGAAACAUGCAGCCAACUUGUACCACAUGACUACCCUGUCAUGAUUGACAAGAUUGAAGACCAUUCAAAUUACCGCAUCUUAGAAGGCCACCUAGUUAGUCCAUUAGUUCAGUACCUGCCCGAGUGUGUGCCAAAGGAAUCACAUAAAGCAUGGUUCCAAGUCCUCUUGCCAAAACGGUGGGUAACUGACCCCCUGAGGCCUCUUUGCAUACACCUUGCCGGAACGGGCGACCACUAUUUCUGGAGGAGAAGAACUCUAACAUGCAGGCCACUCUUAAAAGAAAAUGGUGUGGCUUCUAUAAUACUGGAAAACCCUUUUUAUGGUCUAAGAAAGCCCAAGGACCAAGUAUGUACACGAGCAAACUGGCUGCGGUCAAACCUGCACUGUGUGUCUGACAUCUUUGUUAUGGGUGGCUGCCUUGUGCUUGAAUCAAUGGCAUUGCUUCACUGGUGUGAACGUGAGGGCUUUGGACCGCUUGGCAUCACGGGCAUCUCUAUGGGUGGCCAUAUGGCAUCGCUUGCUGGGGCUAAUUGGUACAAACCCAUAGGAAUCAUUCCCUGCCUUAGUUGGACAACAGCUUCGUGUGUCUUUACACAGGGUGUUAUGAGUGGUGCAAUCCCAUGGGAGCUUCUGCAGAGCCAGUAUUUCUCCGAUCAUGUUUUUCGGGAAGAGAUAGAACAACUCAUCCACACACCCGAGCAGAAUGCAGCGUUCAAGGCUGGCCAGAAGUUUGCUCGCAACUUCUCCCACAGCAUGGAGAGCUAUGAUGUCUCACUAGCACUACAGUCGAGCCCUGACAUGCGUCCAACAGAAGCGCUCAAUUUCAUGCGAGGCAUCAUGGACGAGUGCACGCAUCUGGAGAACUUUGCACGACCCGUGGAUCCCAGCCUCGCUGUUUGUGUGGCAGCCACCAGGGAUGCAUACGUCCUUCGCGAAGGGUUGAAACCUCUGCCUGAAAUCUGGCCUGGUUGUGAAGUGCGCUACGUCGAUUUUGGCCAUGUGGCAGCGUUUCUGUUUAGCCAACAUGUGUUCAGAAAAGCCAUGAUUGACUCUCUGGAAAAGACGAGCUUAAAAUACUACGGACGGUCGCUCUUUGAAAGAAAGGAGGGCACUUCGGCAGAAACAUGCACGACUGUAUUGCAUGCCAAAGAGACCAGCAAAAGAGUCACGAAAUCUGAAGUCUAGCUUUAAUCUGGCUACAUUAUCUCUCGCUAUAUAUUCAUCACACAGCCGCUGGGUUGGAACAUGUUUUUAUACUGUCUGGCAACCACAUCCUUUCAUGAGACUGUCGCACAAAUUUUGUACACAAAGGCACAUUCAUGCAAGUACACUGAAAUGUAACUCAUUAAACUAACCUUUGCCACUUGCCACUUCAUCGUGAAGCAUUAACUGCUUGAUUACGGCAGUUACCAAAGCUGAAUUUGUGUGAUAAAACCAAGAACUGUUUUGCAGUUAGGACAAGCCAUUAUUUUGAGUGUUCCAAGUUUGGUGCAAUCUUGUACAUAACAGAUCGUGUAAAUACAGUAGUCAUGUUACUGCCUGCGAACAUGUUUGUACUACGUAUACACAGAGGAACAACUGCCUGUUGUGUUGUGUGCUGUCUAUGUGCAUUUUUUUAAUGGAGCUUGGCUUCGCGCAUGUUAGUAUUUCAGAUUUUUAGCAUGCUUGAACAUAUGAAAUGCUGUUUUAGCUGUAGAUUGAAAUAAACACGUGUGCAGGUUGCCUGUGCAA